UGCAAUAAAAGUAUAAAAACUCAGUAACAUGCCGUCAUUGUUCAACUGUUUUAUUUUAAAGUAAAUAUUUAUUAUUGUUAUUGUGAUGAAUGUAUAAAUGUUUGGUGAUCGUGUAACGGUUUUGCACCCCUGAAAUUAUCAGUAAAUUAAGUGGCAACACUGCGAUCAGCUGUUCCAUAUUCAAAUUGAUAAGACUGCGUGUUUUCGGGUAAGACUCAGAUAGAAGCAGAUUGGAAGGUCAAGUUCGCUGGGGAGGAAAACAAGAAACUGAUAGACAAGAUGGAGACCAAGGAACUUGAAGUCAACAAAACCCUGCCAUUUGACCCCUACCUGUUCACGGUCAACAUUUCGUUGCGCCAGAUCGAGGAGAUUGCCAUGACCGUUUCCCAACGCUGCCAUGUGAGCGGGGUCAACGAGGUUGCGUGGGCACUCAGAGCUCUGAUGCUGACCGAUCUGACCACACUGGCCGGAGAUGAUACCGCGGCAAAUGUCCGGAGACUUUGCCUGCGUGCCUGCUAUCCUUUCGAGCCGCAGUUCUUUGACAAAUUCUUUGACCGCGCCCUAAUCUCUGAGAUGCACACCGCAGCUGUCUGCGUUUAUCCGGCAAGAGUGAAGGACGCCUACCAAACCCUACUGCAAUACGACAAACUGGAUAAGGUUGCUAUUGCAGCAGUCGCCACAGGAUUCCCAACUGGUCAGUACGGCCUACAGACGCGCCUCCAGGAGAUAAGCCAUGCCAUUCUGGCCGGAGCCACCGAGAUCGACAUUGUGAUCAACCGGCAACUAGCUUUGGUGGGAGACUGGGAAGGAGUCUACAACGAGGUGGUGCUCAUGCGUAGUGCCUGCGGCCAGCAGGCUCACCUCAAGACUAUCUUGGCAAUUGGUGAACUGGGCACAAUGGAGAAUGUCUAUAAAGCGGCCAUGGCUUGCAUGUUGGCCGGAGCCGAUUUCAUUAAGACCUCCACAGGCAAGGAGACCGUUAAUGCUACUCUCCCCGUCGGCCUGGUUAUGAUUUUUGCCAUACAGGAGUUUAAACGCCGAACCUGCCAGAUUGUGGGUCUCAAGCCAGCGGGAGGAGUGAGGACAGUUCGAGAUGCCAUUGCCUGGAUGACGCUUGUCAAUGAAACGCUUGGACCCCGCUGGUUGCAACCCGAACGAUUCCGCUUUGGGGCUUCCGGACUGCUGGACGAUAUCGAACGCGUGGUGCGCGAGGGAGUGGCCAGAAUGGAGGCCGAAGAGGCCCUCAAGAACCAGGUAGUUCCUGCCGAGGUUGCUGCUGCCGAAGGCUUCUGCAAGGAACUUAAGAAGAAGCAAAAGGAGGCAAAGUAACGAGCUCUUCUGUACCCACAACUCAUUGAAAUUGCAUAUAAUUGUAGCAUUUUUUAAACUGACUUAACCUAGCAAAAAAUACCCUAAGAGUGACGUUUUUUGGUCAAAUCCUUGGUCUGCUCCUCGCCAUAAAUAAACUUGUGAGGUGUGGACCCGCA